CGGCAGGACGCCGCUUUGACCUGCACUCUAUUUUUACGUCGCCAUGGCAACACGAAUAUGGCUUCAGAUUUACUGACUUUCACCGUGUUAACCAGCUGAACCACGGGCAACAUGUACCGAGGAUUUAAUGAAAGUAAGAUUCCGGCUUACACCGUUUCAUCUUCAAUACCAACAAAAUACCAAACAGUAGUCAUACCAAAUGAAGAAAAGAAAGGGUUUUUAUCUCAAGCCAGGAGAUUCCCUUCACAAGUUUGUCUGAAUGAAAAUCCUGGACCAGGCAGCUAUGGUCGCAUCUCCAGUGCUGAAGUCCAAAGUCCUUCCUUCUCAAAGAAAGGCACGACAGGCUUUGUUCCAUCCAAGGCUACCAGGGCUUCCCUUAACCCACUGAGAGGCACCCCUGGACCAAAUGCAUACAACCUGCAGAGCUCCUUAAUAAACAACGAUGACUUCAACACUGGAGUCUCCAGGGUGUUCAGGUUGCCUGUGGCUGUGCAGUUAGAUGAGCCAAAGCACAAAACACCAGCCCCGAAUCAGUAUGAUGUCAGCUGUGGCAGUAAAAAGAGCUUCUCCUCAGUGGCUGGUACAGCAGCUUUCCUGUCAGAAACUGGACGUGACUCCAUUUACCCAAACAAAAAUGGGCCAUCACCAUGCCACUAUGAGGUGAAUGACCACUUAAUCCAGCACAGCUCCAAGGCAGUCUUGUCCCCCUUCAAAUCAAAAACCCAGAGAAGACCUUUUUCAGUGGACAAUCGUGCGCCCUGCCCAGGAGCCUACAAUCCCCAUCAGACCCCUGCACCGGUGAGGAGGACCAUCCUGCCGAGAGGCUAUUAUUUGGCAAUAGCAGCACCCCCUCUGAUUGUUCCUAAGGACCCUCCCUUACCAGGCCCUGCACACUAUAACAUCACAGAUGUUAACAGCUCGGCUAAGCAUCCCAUGCCCACUGCUGCAUUUGCAUCCAAAACUGAGAGGAUACUCGAAAACUCACAGGCUGGUGUGAGGCCAGGUCCAGGUUUCUACAAUCCACGGAAUUUGUCAAAGCAGUCCUUCUUUUACAGUGACUCCAGAGUCUGGCUUCCUUGAUGAAGCUUUCAAGAAACACAGCAGAUAUGUACAUUUCUCCACACACAUGGACUGUGAUUAUCUGUGUCAGAAUGCUUUGCACAUGGGUUUAUGUGUGGGUCUUUGAUUUCUUUAGAUCAGAUUGUUGAGAAAAAAAACAAGGAUUAAAGCGAAAUGUUUGCAACCAUUUAAUCUAUAUUUCUAUCUAGAAUUUUAUCUAACUAGGCCAACCAGAUGUAAGAGAUAUUUUAGAAAAUGAAUCAUAUACCCUAUUUAUCCAUAGUGGUGAUGUAAGGGAAGGCCAAAACACUUGAAAAGCCAUGUGUUUCAUCCUCACCCUGAUUUCCCGAUGCUCUAAUCUGGAGAUGAUAUAGAAGUAAGUGUUCCUGCGGUCUUCGACAGCUGCUGGUCCAGUCAGUGCUGCGCCACAGUAACAGCUGAGAGCUUGAGAUGACACCACUGUGCCAACUGCUAGAGGACAGACAGAGGGGUGGAGUGUGACUGUAUGUGAGCAAUGUGACUGACUGGGCAUGAGGCAGGGAUGGUGUAUAACCUGAAUGACAAAUGGACACAUCAGUCAUCAGCCGUUAUCAGAUGUCAGAUUGUCAGAACAGUGGAUACAACACUUUUCUGACUCCUCUUUUCUGUUGUUUUAAAGUUUCACAUUUUGAGAAAAAUGUUUUUCUUUUGCAUUCAAGCGUAAAUUUAGAUGACAGGAUUAAUAUCACUCUCAUACUAAAAGCAGCUAUAAUCAGUGUUUUCAUAAUGGAACUGUAUCAAAUGACUCAGUGAAAAGUCUAAGAAAAGUGGCUGAACCUAUAGACAUUUAUGUGUCUUUCGCUUCACUGGACUUUACAGAGCUUUAUAGUUUCCAGCUUUCCAGCCCACAACUUUACUGUUUUGCUUCGCUCGCACUGCUUUCCUACCGUCAUUUUUGGCUGCAGCAGUCAGAACAAGCUCCAUAAACCCACUGACACUACCUGCACAGCACCACAGUUAGAGACCAGCUGGUGAACACAGUGGAACACUUAGCAGCUAAAGAGAAUUUCCCUCAGGAGUUGUUGGAGACCAAAACAGAGCUAUAAAAGACCAAAUAUUGAACUUACAUUCAUUAGGCGGUUACAUCACUGUAAAAGGUGAUGAUAAGCCAAUGUUGUGAUAUGAUGCACAGCCCCAGAUGGCCAAAAAGUUAUUUUAGUUUCAAAUGUGAGGCAGAGCUAGCUGUCGGUUAGCUUAGCUAAGCUAAGUUUAGGCUAAAGACUGGAAACGGGGGGAAACACUGAGCUUUGCUCUAUGCAACUGAAACAAAAUUAGCAUACCAGCGCCUCUACAAGCUCACUCAUUUAUAUCAAGUUUAAUCUGAAACAUAUAAAUAAAUAAAUUACUAAAUAACUGAAUAAGGGAAUUUAUACUUCUGCAUUGAACCGACGCUGCAACCUUCGGCAUAGCCUGACGUGCACCUCCCCAGAAUUGUAACUAUGCAUUGCGGUGACACAGACCUCCUGUCUGUUCAUGUAUACUGAAACCAUUUCCCUCAGUGUAAAUGAAGCUUUUAUUUACUUUUAUGUCACAGAUAAGAUACAAUAAAAUGUGAUUACAGUAAAGCCUACACAAAAUAGCAUUUUAUCCCAGCUUCAUAUAAGCAGAGGAAAUAUCCGCUGCUAGGCUAAUUUAUACAAUGUAAAAUGCCAUAUGCUGGCGCUAAUAACAUUAGCAUUAUGUAUUUGUUUGGAAAACGUGUUUGGUAUGACAGUUUUGUCGGUGAAUGUUGUGAGUUGUAAUGGAGACAAACUGUGUGCCGUUACCUUUGUUAAAUGUUGCUGUUGUCCCUGGUUUUAUAUGAGAAGAGGGAAAGAUCACUAGUUGCUAGACUAAUUUAUACAAUGUAAAAUGUCAUAGGCUUGUGCUAAUAACGUUAGCAUGUUGUAUUUUUGGGGAAAAUGUGUCCAGAUUAACAUAAGUGUUUGUCUGUGAAUGCUGUAAGUUAUAGUGAAGCCAAUUUGUGUACUUGUGUU